GUCUGUGUGGCCCCUCCUCAGUAACAGAACUCACACUCGAGCACGGAAGUGACGCCACUCUAGAAUCCCCCAGUACUUCCGAUCUUUAGCUCUGCUGCGACUCAUCUAAACGAACGGAUCGGAUCUCUGUCCCAAUAGCCAGCGUCGAGUGGCGGCCCGACGCGUCCUGCAGUAUUUUUUUCUCUGUCUGAGCUCAUCCCUUGCUCUGGUUCCUCAUGAGUGACGGGGAGUGUGAUUUCUUCUGUUUUUUUCGGUGCUGCUAAAAGCCACAGGGCCCCCUGGGAUUCUCGGUCCAGUUGGGGGCGGAGAGUAGCUGCUGAUUAGUGGAGAGCAGCUGUCAGUCGGGGAAAGGUCUGGCCCAGAGGGUUAUGUCUGUGGAUAUGAGUAGCCAAGCCUCAGACAGUAACGAGGAAUUCGAAGAUGACGAAGACGUCGCAGAGGGCGACAUCCCUGAUUAUUAUGAUGGACUUGACGAUGACGUGGCAGUAGAAGAACCGUUUGACCCAGAAGAGUACCAGUUCAAUUGCUUGACGUAUAGGGAGAGCCAGAGGGCACUAACUGAGGAAGUCAACAAUGUAGCCAGUGCCCUAAAGGUGUCACCAGCUGUAGCCAAACUGGUCCUUGUACAUUUUCACUGGCAAGUGUCACAAAUACUCGAAAGGUAUAAGUCCAAUUCCUCUCAGUUGCUAAGUGAAGCCCAUGCUCAGCCCACAAGCAUCUGCAGAUCUCUCACUGUCGGGACGUCGCAGCAGUGUGGGGUGUGUCUGCAGCUGGUCCGGAGAGACGCUCUCCUCUCUCUACCCUGUCAACACUCCUUCUGCAAGGCAUGCUGGGAGCAGCACUGCACUGUACUUGUCAAAGAUGGCGUGGGAGUAGAGAUCUCCUGCAUGGCGCAGGACUGCUCUCUUCGCAUGCCAGAUGAUUUUGUUCUUCCUCUGCUGCCCAGCGAGGAACUGAAAGACAAAUACAGACGCUACCUCUUCAGGGACUAUGUGGAGAGUCAUUUCCAGCUGCAGUUGUGUCCUGGUGCCGACUGUCCGAUAGUUAUACAGGUGCAGAAACCUCGAGCUCGUAGAGUCCAAUGCAGCCGCUGCGAAGAAGUCUUCUGUUUUAAGUGCAGACAGAUGUAUCAUGCACCCACAGACUGUGCUACCAUCCGCAAAUGGCUGACCAAAUGUGCAGAUGACUCUGAGACAGCCAACUACAUCAGUGCACACACUAAAGACUGCCCUAAGUGCAAUAUCUGCAUUGAGAAGAAUGGAGGGUGCAACCACAUGGCGAGUAGUAUACACAAUCUUUUUGAUUUAUCUCAAUGCUCAAAUCUUAAUUAUUUCUGCUGGAUGUGUCUGGGAGAUUGGAAGACUCAUGGCAGUGAGUACUACGAGUGCAGUCGCUACAAAGAGAACCCAGACAUCGUGAAUCAGAGCCAGCAGGCCCAGGCCAGAGAGGCCCUCAAAAAGUACCUGUUCUACUUUGAGAGGUGGGAGAACCACAAUAAGAGUAUGCAGCUGGAGGCACAGACAUACCAGCGGAUCCAGGAGAAGAUUCAGGAGCGAGUCAUGAAUAACCUGGGCACCUGGAUUGACUGGCAGUACCUGCAGAAUGCUGCCAAUCUACUGGCCAAGUGUCGUUACACACUGCAGUACACUUAUCCUUAUGCCUACUACAUGGAGUCUGGACCCCGCAAAAAAUUGUUUGAGUAUCAGCAAGCUCAGCUGGAGGCGGAGAUCGAGAACUUGUCAUGGAAAGUGGAGAGAGCAGACAGUUAUGAGAGAGGAGAGCCGAGCGCUAACGAUAGAGGGGAUCUGGAGAAUCAGAUGCACAUUGCUGAGCAGAAGAGACGGACGCUGCUGAAGGAUUUCCACGACACCUGAACAUCCGUCCAUCAAAUCCACGUCGAGUUCACUCUUCUCUCAACUGUCUUGGCCCCUUCUCUCCAAAGAUACCCCUCCACUUUUUUUGUCAAAACUCUACUCUGCAUCUCAUAACGUUUUUGCCCAUCUGCUUUGUGUUUUUCUCAUUUAGAGCAUCUCUUUUCAAAGCAGUUUUUUUCCCUUUUGUUCAUUCUUUCCUUCAUCAGUGCCCCUUUUUUGCUUUCUAAUCUUUACUCAGCUGCAGGGUUUGAGAAUAGCACGAUUGUAUCCUAGCAUUCGCAUACACAAACAUUGCAUUCUCACACCCCCAUGUCAGCUGACAUUAGACGCACGCGCACACACACACACGCACUCAAAACACUCCACCGAAACAGUCUAACUCUUUCUUCCUCCAUCAUUGCUCCUGCCAUAAAUUCUGCCUUCUUUCCUUCUCACUCUUGCUUUCUUCUGUUUUUUUUUUCUUCCUUGGAAAUGGCUGUUGAUAGAUAGAUCGUUUAAAAAAAACUGAAAAAAAAGAAAACUGAAAAAAAAAAAAGAUGAAAAACAAAUGAUGCUGUAAUUUUCAACGGUUGUACAUUAAUACAGAAAUAGAGAUACUGAGAGAGUUUUUAAA